AUGGCAGUGCAACAAUGGAUCACGCCCUUGAAGGGCCUCGAUAGCCUCAGUCAGACUGAGGCCCCAAUGCCCACACCAGGACCAAGUGAAGUCCUCGUAGAGAUUCGCGCCGUGUCCUUGAACUACCGGGACGUGGAAGUGACCAAGGGCGAAUAUAAACACCACAAAACCGCCGAACAAGAUGCCACCAUCGUGCCGUGCUCCGACAUGUGCGGGGUGGUCACCCAGGUUGGCGCGGGCGUGACAAAGUGGUCGGUCGGCGACCGCGUGCUUUCGACCUUCCUCCCCGAUCACCAAACCGGCCAAGUGACCGAGAAGGAGCUUGGCAAAAGUCUGGGACUGCCCGAGGACGGUGUCCUAGCUUCUCACCGCGUCUUCUCCGACCACGGCCUGGUCAAGGCGCCCAGUUUCAUGUCCGAUGAGGAGGCGGCGACUCUCCCCAUUGCGUCGGUGACUGCGUGGAUGUCUAUCAAUGGAAUGCGCCCGAUCGGACACAGCGGCGGGAAGGACGAAUAUAUUCUGCUUCAAGGAACAGGUGGUGUUGCCAUUGCGGGGCUACAGAUCGCCAAAGCGGCUGGGGCAAAGGUGAUCAUCACCUCCUCGUCGGAUUCUAAAUUAGACCAAGCCAAGCAAUUAGGUGCUGAUUUCACUAUCAACUACCGCACUAAUCCCAACUGGGAGGCCGAGGUGAUGAACUAUACGCAGAACCAUGGCGCGGAUAUUAUCCUCGAAGUUGGCGGCGCAAAGACUUUGCGGAAGAGCUUUGAUUGCAUCGCUUUCGGCGGUCUCAUCGACUGCAUUGGCUACGUGUCGGGAAAGAUGGAUGCCGACGAUGAUCGCUUGAACGUGAAUCUGCUGGCCCUGCGCCGUACUGUGACUCUAAAGGGUAUCAUCAACGGCCCCAAGGACCGCUUCGAAGAAAUGAUCCGUUUCUACGAGGAACACCAGAUCCGCCCAGUGGUGAACCGGGUGUUUUCGUUCGCUGAAGCUAAGCAAGCGUUCGAAUUCUUGGAGAGCGGCAGCCACUUUGGAAAGGUCGUUAUCAAAGUUACAUAA